CCGCAAGCGUCUUAGGUCACCUACACCAUGUACUCCUGCGCCCUCGCAUAAGGCAGCUGGUCUGUUUUCGAAUUGAACGCAAUGAGUUGUUAUCGGUUGUUUUUGCGAUAAUACAUUCUAUUUCGAUAUGUCACUCCUUCAGAACGAAGAUUUCGUUCUGUACCAGUUGCGAACUGCGUACCUCUCCCACAUCAAGGACGGUGUUGGCGAGCGCCUGAUUUCGGUCGACACCACUGUCCUGAACGAUGCCGCAUUCCGCGCGGCAGGAUGGGUACCUAACGCUGCUGACAUAAAGCGCACGUACUCACCACCUAUCCCUACCGCUAUCACUGCCGAAUACUUUCAGGCUCCGCGGACUGCUGGAGUGCCUGGCGCUGAUUUCGGAGAAGAUGAGGAGGAAGGGGGCAUGGUUACAGGUGGUGCUCUGAGCAAUGAAACAGUAGGACCAGAUCUGCGGACACGAAGGAAGCGACGAAAGGAGCAAUUGGAGGAAGAUGACAGCAGUGAUCUGAGCGAUGAGAGCGAUGAAGAGGCGGAAAAUAGGCCAGUCAAUCAGAUUAAGUUCGCGAAAAUGCCCGUGAGAACUAGGGCUGGAUCGUCGCCUUUGCGCAGUGCGAACCACAUGGACGGUCCGUCGCUACUGGUAACAUCACCUUCCAAGCCUGGGGAAGAGAGCAGGCUGCGUCGAGGCUCGUUGGGUGCCAAUGAUGUCUUCAGAGGGCGACCGCGCAAGGACACAACAACUAGUAGCGAACUUUCUUCAGAGAACGAGCUCGAUGCUUCGUACUUCCAGCGGAAACAGGUCAAUUCAAGGAAAACGGCUAAAGCUAGCGUGCUUGUCUCCGAGCGUAUUCAGGAAGACGAGCGUGAAGGUGAUGAUGAGGAGCUUGGAAGUGUUGACGAAGGAGGAGAGUCGGACAGCUCAUUAGAUUCUGAUUUUGAAGGCACGGCUGACUCCACUUCGAUGCUGGCUGAUGCUCAUGCUCUCGACUCUUUGCCCAGGAAACUUACUAGUAUACCUGUUAUUGCCACACCUGGGAGUUCGUCGCCCAGGAAACCUAGAAUCCCUCAGCAAUCAUCUCUUACCAUGGAAGCAUUGCCACCACCACGACCGAUAAGUGUAGUAGCGCCGGUCAGCGCUCUUACACUUGCCUUGAAAGCGAAGAACAAAGCACCAGUGAGCCCCUUCGACAGAUUUGCCACGCUCUCAGCCAAAGCAGACCUAAACCCGUUGUAUAUUAAAAUUUAUGUCCCUUCAUCAUCAAAACCCACCAAACCCAUGGAGAUUCUCUUGAAGCGUUUCGGAGAUGGUGGCAGCCCCGUAACCGUGGCUCAGGCAAUUGGCUUCGCUCUUUACAGAUAUGGAGAAGAGAAGCUCGAACCCCCCAUUAGCGCGAAGAAGAUGAACGUAAAUUGUUGGAACUUUCGCAUGAUAGAAGAUGACGAAGUCGAUUACGACUUCCCCGCGUUAGCUAGAACACGGCCAAUGACCGAAUUCACCUCUAGCAACAACCGCCCUGCAAGAGGACGGUCUCGAGAAAAGCCGUGGGAUGAAUUUGGUCUGGUAGAAGCUAGCGAGAGUGAGUUUCAAGAGAACGAAAGACAGACGCCCGAGUACAGCAAGCAAGCUGCAGAGGCCUUGGCCAUGACUGAAGAAACCUCGUCCUUAGCACCUGCAUCGCAGGCCAGUCUUAACGCCCCUAGUGCUCAGCCAGCACUUUCUACGACACCAACCCCAGUUUCGUUUCGAAAUCCGAUCACAGGUCCUUCGUUCGCACCAGCACCGUCCUUGCGACAUGAACCACCUAAACCACCUAUGGACGCUCCUGCCGCCCCAACAUCGACUGCGGCUAUGAGAUCGGGGGCGCCGAAGGCUCUCACUAUUCACUAUACUGACGAGAAUUUCCUCACACGUAGCACGAAGAUCGAAGUUACGUCGGAUACAUACAUUGCUGAAGUGUUCGACGCUGUCUGCAAGCGCCUUGGUGUCGAGAAAGCUCUGCAUGUGCUGAAGGUAAGCGGAAGUACCGUUGUUGCGCCGCCGGACCGGACCCUCGAGGCACUGGGCGAUCGCACCGAUCUGGAUCUCGUGCGACGCCGCUUCGUCGGAGACGGGGUGUUCGGCCUCGCUGGGUCACCAGGUAGCAGCUCCCCGAACGCACCGCUCUUCAUUGGGCCUGGCGGAACACCUAAGAAGGGCGGCAAAAAAGCAGGGCCACUAGCUGCCGCAACGACUUUGCCUGGAGCAUCACGCUUCGAGUCUCUGGCAGCACUGUCCGGAAACGCGACUUAUAAGCGUUACAACGUUCUGCGCAAGCAACCUAUGUCAUUCGCGCGCGAGGCGUCUCGGAUUUUGGCCCUAGACGGAGAGUAUAUUCACAUCAUGCCAUCCUCAUCUGAGCACCAUCCUACCAACCAAAAAUUGUUCGAGGGCACAGGAAAGGUGACGACGAUACAUUUCUCGAGCGUGGUGGGUUGUAAAGUCAGCAGGCGACAUCCUAAGACGUUCAGGCUGGUCGUGUACAAGGAAAGGGAGUCUAAGAGGUACGACUUCGAGGCGGUCAGUGCCAGUGAAGCUGCGGAGAUCGUGGCGGAGAUCAAGAAGGGAGUGAAUAAGUUCCAGGAGAACCAAGCUCUAAUCGCCGGUUGACUGAAGGAAGAAGAUGGGCUAAGAGAGCAAAGUACUAUUGACUAGCAAUUUUUUUUCGGCACUCCGAAUGGCAACAAGAAAGCAUUUUUAGCA